UUUUUUUCUAUUGCAAGGAAUAAAAGUUUGUGCUUUUAACCUGGUCAUUAUCAAAUUUGACUCUUAAGCUUUAUUGGUUAUAAAACAAAGUUGUUAAUGUUUUUGUUUGUGUAGUUCAAGUUUUUCUUUUCUUUUCUUUUUAUGGAAUCUUUGGAUUAUGUUUAGUGCUUGCUUGUUGUUUAAGCGAGCUAUAAACUGAGACAAAAGUGUUUAGGAAACUUCUCAAAUUUUGGGGCAUUCGUUGCUUGAAGUGUUGGAUCAGCUGAUUGCAUGACACAAGAGUUUUGGUUUUGCUUUCGGGAUUUGGGGUUCAUAUGGAUCCUAGGUGUUGUUUAUUAACCCAGACAAAGAGAUGUUUUGGGAAGAAACCAUUUUGUUCUUUUGUUUUGUUUUCUGGAGCAUAUUUACGUGCUCUAACACUCUGGCUACUGGAAGCAUUCAAGGCUAAAUGCAAAUCUGUUUUCAGUAGCAGAGGUUGUUUCGGAUGCUUCAUGAAACCUUCACUGAUUACCGCGGUGGAUGAUCCAUAGCAUCGUCUAAAGGUCCAGGGCCAGAAAGCGAAGAGAUCUAGCUUUUCCGAUGAUUUCUGGAAUAGCAGUGCAUGCGAAAUGGAACAUAGCGGAGUCCAGUCCCAUGGAGGCAUGUCAUUGAACAACGCUUCGAAUCUCGAUCCUUCUGGCAGCACAAGUCGACCUUCUGAGUUUGUAAAUCAUGGCCUUCUUCUCUGGAACCAAACAAGACGGCAAUGGCUCGGAAAUAAGCGGCCCGAGAAACGUGUGCAACCUCGAGAAACCACGAUAAAUUGGAAUACGAUCUACAAGAGCUUGCACGGCGAUUAUAAGCCGUUCCCCCGCCCGAUUCCGCUUCCCGUAAGUUCUUCUCCGCCGUGCAGCUAUUUUCUUACGAUAUUAUCAACUGUCCAUGCUCCUCCUAGAGCUCAUCAAGCCCUGUUGGGUUCACCAUGACAGGAAAUGGUGGAUUUUCUAGUUGAUAUUUGGGACCAAGAGGCCUUAUAAAAUUAACCUAGAUGAUCCACAAAAAGAGCUACAAGAUUACAAAGGGAAUAUUUUUCGAUUGGCAAAGACAUAUGCAGUAUUUCCUGUAAUGUUAUCCUAUGAAUAUAAUAUACGUAAAAUUACAUCAGAACUCCCUGUACUUUUGGGGAAAAAAUCAAUAUGGUCAUCGUAU